ACACGGAGACCACCUGUCGUUUCCCGCGCGUUCAAACAUAACAUUACUGAAUGAACCCACCGUAGUAAACGUAAUAGUGACGUGAAAGUAAGAGUAUGGUAAAGUGAAACUGUUUAUCAUUUGUUUUUAAAGUGUUGGAUUUCGCGCCACACCUGCGAAGUGUUAGCCAUGGGAAUGGGUGGAGCCAUGGACAGCUGCGGGCGGUGUCUGAAGUAUUCACUAAUCUGCAUCAAUGUAGUUACCCUCAUAGCCGGCAUCAUUGCCUUCGCGCUAGGAAUAUGGGUGUGGUCGCAACGGUCCUUCUCCACCACGUUGCUGAGCAGCAACAUGUUCGUGGCAUCCCUGGGGGUGGUGAUAGUGAUGGGGGCGGCCAUCGUGCUGCUCUCGCUGCUGGGCUGCUGCGGCGCCGCCAAGGAGGUCAAGUGUAUGCUGCUCACAUACUACAUCAUCGUGUUCAUCAUAUUCGUGGUGAUGUUGGUGGGAGGGAUACUUCAAUUCGUGUUCCGGGAGAAGGCUCUGUCAUCCCUGGACAGAGAACUGUACGCCGCUAUCCCCAACUACGGCAGCAAACACGAGUACACGAAGGCCUGGGAUGACACGCAGACUUACCUCCAGUGCUGCGGAGUCAGGGGCGCUAAGGACUGGAACGGGAAUAUACCUGAGAGCUGCUGCCAGGAGGUGUACCCUGGAAAGCGACGAGACUGCAGGGCGUCUCCGAACCCUACGACGAUGUACGUGGACGGCUGCUUGGACAAAGUAGUGGACUUCCUGCGACAGAACGCCGUGUAUGUGGGCGUCGCAGCCAUCAUUGUAGCAGUCAUUAUGUUAAUAGCGUUAAUACUAGCGUGCGGGCUGUUUGUUAAAAUAGAGUGACCAUGAAGAAAUGUAAAUGUGGACUUGAACAUACAUAUAUCUGACUCUUUAGCUUCGUGAUCAAUCGUUUGCUUUGUACGGUAAC